UCCGCGCACGCGCCGCGGGAUGAGCGCGCACCGCCCGCUCCUCCUGAACUGCAGCAACCAGAGCGCAAGGCGCGCCUCAGCCAGCUCCGCCUCCAUCCCGUCCGAUCGGACGGGGUCGCGAUGUCGCGGGGUCGGGAGCGGGUGGUGGCCCUGGUGGACAUGGACUGCUUCUUCAUGCAGGUGGAGCAGCGCUUCGACCCGCGGCUGCGCGGCCGGCCCUGCGCCGUGGUGCAGUACAACCAGUGGCAGGGCGGCGGGAUCAUCGCGGUGAGCUACGAGGCGCGGGCCUUCGGCGUGUCCCGCGGGAUGUGGGCGACGGAGGCGCGGGCGCUGUGCCCCGAGCUGCUGCUGGCGCGGGUGCCCGAGGCGCGGGGCAAAGCCGACCUCACCCGGUACCGGGAGGCCAGCGCCGAGGUGAUGGAGGUGCUGUCGCGCUUCGCCGCCAUCGAACGGGCCAGCAUCGACGAGGCGUACCUGGACCUGACGGGCAGCGUGCGGGAGCGGCUGCGGGAGCUGCGGGGCCGGCCCCUGGAGGCCGAGCUGCUGCCCACCACCUUCGUGCAGGGGCUGCCCGCCGGGCCCGGCCCCCGGCCCGCCGACAAGGAAGAGCUGCGGCAGCGUGGCUUGCAGGAGUGGCUGGCGUCGCUGUCUUUCGAUAACCUCAACUGCCCCGACCUGCAGCUGGCCAUGGGAGCAGUCGUUGUGGAGGAAAUGAGGGUGGCUGUGGAGAAGGCCACCGGAUUCAGGUGCUCAGCUGGGAUUUCGCACAACAAAAUGCUGGCAAAACUGGCCUGUGGGUUAAACAAGCCCAACCGCCAGACACUGGUAUCUUCACGAUCUGUCCCGCAGCUCUUCAGCCAGAUGCCUGUCAGCAGUAUCCGUAACCUGGGGGGCAAGCUUGGUGUUGCCAUCACAGACAUCCUGGGAGUGGAGUACAUCGGGCAGGUGACACAGUUCAGUGAGAUGGAGCUCCAGACUCACUUCGGAGACAAGACUGGGUCCUGGCUGUAUGAUCUGUGCAGAGGAAUUGAUGAUGAACCCGUCAAGAACCGCCACUUGCCUCAGUCCAUUGGCUGCAGCAAGAACUUCCCUGGGAAAACAGCCCUGGCAACACAGAAGGAGGUGCAACACUGGCUGCUGCAGCUGGCCUUGGAGCUGGAAUCCAGGCUGAUCAAGGACAGGAAUCAGAACCACAGAGUGGCCAAGCAGCUGAUGGUGGUCAUCCGCAUGCAGGGAGACACCAGGCUGUCACGCUUUUGUGCUGUCACCCGCUACGAUGCCCAGAAGAUCUUCAGUGAUGCCUUUGCCCUCAUCCAAAACUGCAAUAUGGCUGGGGCUCACCAGGCAGCCUGGUCUCCACCACUCAUAUCAGUGCACCUUGCAGCUAGCAAGUUCUCUGCUCCGACAUUCCUCUCCGCAGGCAUUGCCUCCUUCCUCACUAGUGAGACUUCACCUGAUGGCACUGCUACUGGCAGCACAGAGGCCACAUCUUCCAUGAGACCUAGGGUCAAAUUUUUCAGGAGCCCAAGCAAAGAGCAUAGACAGAAGCCAGCUAAUGCUAUUGAGUCGUUCUUCCAAAAGGUGACAGAAAGGCAGCAGUCAGAGGCAGUACUAACCAGCCUGCCAGCUGCUACCCAUGCUCAGUCACCUGCACCCAGCUCCCUGGAGCACCCAGAGGGAGACGGUGCAGGACUUGCCUCUGAGCAGUGUGAGCUGGAGGCCUCUGUGAAGCAGAGUCCCAGAGAUGGAAGCCCUGCUUCUCCUUGCAAGAGGCCGCCCUGUGAGGAGCUGCUGUCUGAUGCUACACAGACACCCUCAACUCCACCCAGCUCCAGGAUCCUUCUGAAGUCAGAGCCAGCUCUGGAGGAAAAUGAGCAGAAUUUGCCACCCUCUGAGCAAGCCCUGCUCCCUCAUGUCUCACCAGGAGAUCAGCAGUGCUGCGACAAGUGUGGCCAAUAUGUGCUGGCCUGGGAGCUCCCAGAGCACAUGGACUACCACUUUGCUGUGGAGCUGCAACGCUCCUUCCAGGAGUCCAGCUCCCCACCAGCUCUAGCAGAGGUUCCCAACCCCAAAGCUGCAGCUUCUGGGUCUCCUGCCAAAGUGAGGAACAGGCCCAAGGCUCUAACAGGACCUAAUGCAAAACGACCUCGGGAAAGUGUGACAAGAACUUUAGAUUUUUUCUUUAAGCGCUUACCUCCUUAAUGCACAGUCAUGCUGGAAGUUUUUAGAGAAUCAGUGCUUUUAAAAACAAAACCUUUUAUACUGCCUUUCAGGUUUUAGUCCAGAGAAAUCUAAUAAAUUAUCUCUGUCCAACUCUAAGAUGAAUUAGAACUGAUGAGUAGUGUGUGGUGCUGGAUGUACCCAAAUUUGAAUUGCACACAUAGUAUGGUGGUGACUACCAUGCCUGUACACGCUUGAUGCUACCAGAAGCUGCAUCAUACUCUCAUCUACCUCCUGCCAUGGGUAUUUAUUGAGUCUCACUGCUCUGUAGGUAAUUCUUUAUUUUUCCUGUGAUGAGAAUGCUUUUCCAGCACUGUAAAAGCAGGUAGUGAGAACACAGGGGCUUAUUUAAGAAUGAUCCAGCCAAGUCUAGGUUUGAACCCCUGUUCACUUACUUAGAAUGAACCCUUCAUCUCACUGUAGUCUCCACUGGCUGCACUUGCACUUCCACAUUUAUACACAGUAGCUUAUUCCUAUGGUCAUGUUUCCCAUCCCUUCCUCCCAGAAGGGGAACUGCUUUUUUAUUUUUUCCUCCAUAGAUUAGUUCUUCCACCAAAGUGGUUUUUUUACGUAUGGUUUGGCAACUGUAUUGCUGCCUAGUAUGCAGCGCUCAUCACUAGCUCUGGAGUGCACAAGAAACACUGCUAACAUCAACUAACCCUAGUGGCUACAGAGCUGACGAAGCAGACUACUACACAGCAAAACAGUGGGCACUGCCAGGAGACCCUCCAUCGGGGCUGGAGAUGGGCUCAUCUCCAUGCUGCAGUGCCUGGGGCCUCUGGGCCUCUCAGAAACCAGGCUGCUGCUGCUGGAGCCCAGCUCCAGAGCAGUGGGAGGGAGCAUACCACGUCAAAGCAGUGCACAGUGGGGCCAGGAAACACUCCGCAUACUCUGCAGAGUGUUUCAUCAGCCUUUCUCUCCCAGAGCAGAGGGGAGAGUUUCUCAGGCAGCAGAGAAUGAUGCAAAGUACAGCUGUAGUUGCAUGUGCUGUUUCCCUUUCGUUUCUGAGCAGCACCAUCCUAUUUUCAGCUGUGAGCUGUUCUCCUUCCACCAGCCAACAUUCUCCCCUGUGCUGGGAAGCCACCACACUGCUGUCAGUGGCUACCUAGCAUGACAGUUACAAGAUGUUGAGAAGCACAACGCAAAGCUGGUGCUGGUGUGUGCAGCAAGCUCUGCUGGCAGCAAGCAGAGGAAGGAAUUAGAGUCCCUCCCAUUAAUUAAAGCCCUCACCUUGCAAAGUGACAAGUUUCCUGAAGUCUUCAGAGAAAGACUGCUAACAUCAACUAACCCUAGUGGCUACAGAGCUGACGAAGCAGACUACUACACAGCAAAACAGUGGGCACUGCCAGGAGACCCUCCAUCGGGGCUGGAGAUGGGCUCAUCUCCAUGCUGCAGUGCCUGGGGCCUCUGGGCCUCUCAGAAACCAGGCUGCUGCUGCUGCUGGAGCCCAGCUCCAGAGCAGUGGGAGGGAGCAUACCACGUCAAAGCAGUGCACAGUGGGGCCAGGAAACACUCCGCAUACUCUGCAGAGUGUUUCAUCAGCCUUUCUCUCCCAGAGCAGAGGGGAGAGUUUCUCAGGCAGCAGAGAAUGAUGCAAAGUACAGCUGUAGUUGCAUGUGCUGUUUCCCUUUCGUUUCUGAGCAGCACCAUCCUAUUUUCAGCUGUGAGCUGUUCUCCUUCCACCAGCCAACAUUCUCCCCUGUGCUGGGAAGCCACCACACUGCUGUCAGUGGCUACCUAGCAUGACAGUUACAAGAUGUUGAGAAGCACAACGCAAAGCUGGUGCUGGUGUGUGCAGCAAGCUCUGCUGGCAGCAAGCAGAGGAAGGAAUUAGAGUCCCUCCCAUUAAUUAAAGCCCUCACCUUGCAAAGUGACAAGUUUCCUGAAGUCUUCAGAGAAAGAGAAAUAGCAACCAGUUUGGCAGGGUUGCCUCACAGUCCUCUGACAGCAGCACACCUCAUUUCCUAAGUGUCUGGCAAGACCGGCCUUAGCAGGUGCUGCUGCUGGUCACAAAAAAAAAUGAGAACUCGCAGCCACUCAGUGACAUGGAUCACUUCCAUGGGGA